AAAUUCGCCGUCAUCCGCUUAUAAAAGUGGGAUUUGACCAGAUAUAUUCAAUACAUCCUUAUAAUCCCCAUCACAUAUUUAGCUCACAAAUCACCAAUGUCUACCUUAACUUCUAAAUCGCUCCGCAAGUUGUCUGACGGGACUUCUAUUCCAGUCAUCGGUUUCGGUGUCUACCAGACUCCCCCAGGCGAAGCCACUACUAUCGUUAACGAAGCACUCAAGGCCGGCUACCGGUUGAUCGAUUCCGCCAAGCUUUACGGCAACGAAGAAGAAACCGGUGAGGGUAUUGCCGAUUUUUUGAAGGCUAACCCCUCCGUCCAUAGAUCGGAGACUCCUGCAGGAGAAGCCUUGUCUAUCGUCAGCGAAGCCCUUAAGGCCGGAUACCGCUUAAUUGAUUCGGCUUCUAGCUACGGAAAUGAAGAAGAAGCCGGUGAGGGUAUUGCCGAUUUUUUGAAGGCUAACCUCUCCGUCCAUAGAUCGGAGGUGUACUACACCACCAAGAUCCGGAACGAAGACCACGGCUACGAGGCCACCAAAGCAGCAAUCCAGAAGUCGUUACUGAAGGUUGAGAAGUUGAUUGGAUAUAUCGACUUGAUUUUGGUUCACAGUCCAAUUUCUGACAAAGAGAAAAGACUAGGAACGUGGAAGGCGUUACAGGAAGCUGUUGCUCUGGGAUCUGUCAAGUCUAUCGGUGUGUCCAAUUACGGGGUCAAGCACUUGGAGGAGUUGCUCGCGUGGGACGGAUUGGUUGUGAAGCCGGUGGUUAACCAGGUGGAGGCCCACCCAUGGUUGCCCAGAAAGGACAUUGCAGCCUUUGCGGCCAAGCACGAUAUUUUGAUCGAGGCAUACUCUCCUAUCACUCAGGGUAAGAAACUCACCGACCCAGAAUUGGUCCAGGUGGCCUCUGAGGUGUCAAAGAAAGCGGGUAAGACCAUUGGACCGGCACAGGUGUUGAUCAGAUGGUCGUUGGAGCAAGGCUACAUUCCAUUACCGAAGACUGCAACUGUGAGCAGAAUUGCCGAAAACUUGGAUGUUUUCGACUGGAAGUUGACCGAAGAGGCCCGUAAGGUAUUGGAAAAGGACACUCACGAAGUUUUGACUUGGCAGGGCCGUGAUCCAACCGCUUACGAGGACCCGAAAUAAGCGAGCUCCAUACCCUGUGCGGACUAUCCAACACUGUGUAGGUUAUAUCUUUAUAUCUAUCUAAUAUUUGUCAUUGACGCUUUCCUCGAUUCCGGGGCCUAUAAAUCACACUAUAAAAUAGGUUUAUCAAACUAUAAAAUGGGCAUAUCAUACCUAGGCAUCACCUAAUAUGCCAACAGACUCAACGCAGCUCUUUGGCAAACCUAACUGUAUAUAGGCAUUUAAUGGCUCAAUUUGUCGUUCUGAAGUUGCUCAGAGCCUUAGACUAUAAAGUUU